AUGGUUGAAAUUAAAUUAAGUGACAAUGUAUUUGAACAAAUAAAAGACUUCAAACAUUGGAAAUUGUCUGAAGAACAAGAAUCGUUAAUUGUUAAACUAAUAACAGACAAAGAAUUAAAAGAACGUUAUAAAAAAUAUGAUUUAUGUGAAGGAUGUAAGCAACCUAAUACUAGCUAUGAAUGGUGCCAGCCAUGUAUUUCUAAUCAUUUUCAACAAAAUUUCAAAAAUUGGACAAGUGGAAAUCAUGACGUUGAUGAAUUUAUUCAAAAAGCACAAUUAAAAGCUAAAGAUGAGGACCAUAUCAUAGAGUGGAUUGAAUAUGAUAAAUUUGAAGAUGUUGAAUAUUUAGCAAAAGGGGGAUUUGGAACUACUUUUAAAGCAGUUUGGAAAGAUGGUCCUUGGAAAACGUAUGAUAUAAGUACUAAACAAUUGGAAAGAGAAAGUUAUACAAAAGUCGCUUUAAAGUGCUUACAUAAUUCACAAGAUAUUUCAGCAGAUUUUUUAAAAGAAGUUGAAUCAAAUAUUUUAGCAUAUAAUACUGCCCUCAUAGUUCGUUGUUUUGGUAUUACCAAAGAUCCAAAAACAAAUAAUUUUAUGAUGGUAAUGGAUUUAAAAAAGGGCAGUUUAAGACAACAUUUAAAUAACAAUUUCAUUUCACUGAAUUGGAAGAAAAAGUUGUAUAGUUUAACUGCUAUUAUACUUGGUCUUAAAGAUAUUCAUGAUAAAGGAUUAAUUCAUAAUGAUUUUCAUUGUGGGAAUAUAUUAAGCAAUUUUAGUAGAAAUGCUUUUAUUACUGAUUUGGGAUUAUGUCAGCCAGCAAAUGUCAAAUCCCCUCAAAAUAGUAAUAAAAAAAUAUAUGGAGUAUUACCUUAUGUAGCUCCUGAAGUUUUAAGAGGAAAAGAAUAUACUCAAGCAAGUGAUAUUUAUGGAUAUGGAAUCAUUGCAUAUGAAAUAUGUACAGGUUUCCCUCCUUAUUAUGAUGUAGCUCAUGAUGAAUUCUUAGCAAUGAAAAUUUGUAAUGGGUUGAGACCAAAAUCUAAUUAUAAAAUUCCUCAAUUAGUUCUUGACAUUAUUAAUCAAUGUUGGGAUGCUGACCCUUUAAAACGACCUAAUGCAGAUGAAUUAUAUGAAUUAAUUGGAGGUUUAUUGAGUGAUAUUCGUCACAAUAGAGUGGAUUCUGUGAUUUAUAAGCAAGUUAAAGAAACAGAUGAUAUUAAUAAAAAGUUAUCUUUUUCAUCACCUUUAUUAAAAUCUACUGGUACUAUAUCAUAUAUGACACAUCCUCAAGCAGUUUACACAAGUAGGCUUUUAAAUUUUAAAGAUCUCCCAGAACCAACAAAUGCUGAUAAUAAUGACGAUUUACUUGGAAUGGAGUAUUCAGAUUCUUUAAAAAUGGAUUUUACUAAACUUGAUAUUAAUUCUAAAGAUGAAAAUAAUUAA